AAAUUUGGAUUGUUUACAUGGUAGCUUUCUGGAAUCUAAAAUUAGGUGAUGGGCUUGGCAGUUUGUACGUCGGAAGGCCUUCAGUCUACUUAUAGUUUUUUUUUUAUUUUGGAGUGGGUGAAACGGUCUAUAAGAGAGGAGGCGUAACCGAACAGAUGUAAACGAGGUUAUUUUGCUUCAUGUACACAUUUGAGCUGAUAUAGUCAGCAUGAGUAAGCAUAAUGCUCCUCCAGCAUAUGGUCCCCCACCAGCUGCACCCCCAAGCUAUUCUCAGGCUGUGGGUGGUGUGCCACCAUCAAGCCCAUUUACACCUGGACAGUCACUGUCUGGUGGACCAACGAUUGUGACGACUGUAGUACCAGUCGGCCCACAGCCCACGCAUAUGAUAUGCCCAUAUUGUCAGGCUGAGAUUGACACUGCCACCAAAACGGAACCAGGAAUCAUUGCCUACAUCUCUGGUGUCGUGAUAGCUCUUCUUGGCUGUUGGCUUGGUUGCUGCCUUAUUCCGUGCUGCAUUGACGAGUGCAUGGACGUACACCACAACUGCCCCAACUGCAAAGCAUACCUGGGUCGCUAUCGGCGGUAGACAGUUUCUGGCUCUUCGGCAGACAUUUUCUUUGCAUGUUCGAGGUUUUCCCACCAGUGAACAUUCACAUUGUGGUCUUCUGUUAUGUAGGAACCCACCUACCUGACUUGUGCAGUGUCAGCCACCCAGAAGGCCACAAUAUGAAUUUUCUUUGCAGUUUGUCUGUGUUCAAGUCAACUAGUGCCUUAUGCAGCAAGAAUUCCAUGGUUCCUGAAGGGCUCUUAAUAUUACUUUUUGUGGGGUGGAACACAGCCUUUUAUACCACAUUUUCUAAUUCUCACUGGUCAUCCAAACUGCUAAAGUUACACAAGUGUCCGUCACUGAGUCAUGAUAUUUACAAAGCUUGAGACUUUGAGGUUUUGAUAGUGUUGAGUAUGAAGGUUGUUGUCUUGUGGGAUAUGUGAUGCCAUCUUCAUGUUAGAAGAACACAGCAGGUUCGUCUGAAAUGCUGGUAAUGUACCAGACUACACAACUUCACAUCCCAGCAGACAACAAUCUUCUUUCCCAAAUAUGUAAUAAUUAUGUAUGUGUCUGCAUUUACUUCUGCAGGGUGAUACUGCACACUACAUUCAUUGCAUUGUUUUCAGUCUGUGUAGUUUACUCUUGCCUGAUGUAGCUUGCAGCGCCACUGCAGUAGCUAAAACAAGUUUUUAUGAUACAUUCUACAUGAGUUCUUUCUUAUGUGGAAAGAUCUUGGCAUGUAAUAUGUAUUGGUCUGUGCUGUUAAAUUUUACUUUCAAAUGCUUCCCUUGCAGUUUUUUUCUUCUGGCAUAAUUUGUUUUAUACAGGUCAGUGGAUGAUAAGGCUCUAAUCUUUCCUUCCAAUUUAUUGUCACAUCUUCUAAGAUGUCUUCCAGUACAUGCCAGGUUCAUUUUGUUAUCCCACAAGUCUCUUCCCUUCAACUGAUGUGCCUUCUGUCUAUCCUUUUUCACACAUCUGAACCUCUUCUAAUUCUGUUAACAUAUAACUCAUGACUUAAGAGUUACUGUUUGAAACUUAAUCUGUAAAACAGCAGUGUCAUUAAUUAAAUGUGCAGAGUAAUUAAAACACUGUAAUAAGACAUGAUUCUCUAGAUAAACAAAAACUUGUAUUUUAGAAGUCCGAAAUGUGGUUGCAUACAAAAUUGUGAAGCUGUAACCAGUGUUAAAUCUAAAUGCCUUGACUGCAUUGAGUCCCGAAUUCCAUGAACAAAACAGAAAAUUAUGUAUUUAUAUACAAAAAAAUAAAUUUUAAGAACAAUUUCUGUGGUUCAAAGUACGAAAUUGGAUCCUGUGACUGACUCUGUGAUGGUAAAAUUUAAUUUUAAAUUAAAUAUACACUUUUGGAUCAGUCUGCGUUAGAGAUUUGUUGUUAGUGAAUAAAAUUUUAAUACAAUUUAUUUCUAGAAUGGAGUAUAUAGUAUUCAGAAAUGACAUUUUCCAUAGCCAGUAUUUAUGCAUAUCUUUUUCGGACUAAGAGGCUUACUGACAGUCUGUUUGCUUAACUUAAUAAUUUGGGGAAAUUUUGUUGGAGAUCAAUAUGUGCUCUUCCAGUUGCAAGCGAUUUCAUUACUCUCUGCUAUAUUAUGUUUUGUCUAUUUGUUUAAGGUGUAAAAUAUAAAUAAUAAUACUCUAAUACACAUAUGCAACAAUAAAGGCAUUGACAGAAUGCAUAAUCACGUUAUAAAAUAAAGCAACAUUUAAAUACAUCUAACAUACUUUAUGUAUAUAUUAUAUAUAUGAUUAUUUUUGCUUGUAAAACUUACAUAUCAUUUACCAUAAAUUUUUCCAAUUUG